CACCUCAUUCCCGAGGGCUUAAUCGUGUCACUCGGGGUAUCGCAAGCGUUCCUUCGUCCCGUCCACUGUCCGUCCUCCAAGGCCGCUCCUACGACCUCCUGGCUUCAUCGAGCGGAUCCAAUCUGAAAUUCGUCCCAUAUAUAAACUGUUGCACUAUCCAAUGACUGUGUAGUCUGUGCUCCCGGCCCUGCCAGAUUCGCUCGUCAUCGACAAUGAUAGAAGACUCCCGGUGUCGGGAGUAGGAUCAGCAGGGUACCCGGAAGACACCACUUCAGCUGCGUCACCGCUACUUCCACUUGUAUCUGCCUCGCCCCUAUUCCGCACCCCGACUAGCAGUUAUAGGCGGUGACGAACGAAUACGCAAGAACAACGGAUUUCGAAGAUUCGAAGGCGGUGGGCAUGGAUGGAAGAGGGGGAGGAGCACUUCCAGAUCGCGGAUGGGGCAGUAGUCUGCAGGUGAGCUAGUUUCACUACCUACCUCUUACCGUCCACCGCCUCUACAUCUCGUUCCACAUUCCUAUCGAAACGCCUCGAAAGGGUGCUCCACAUGCACCCUAAAUCGGAGGCACGGCGUUGCCUCACCUUGCGCAUCGUGGUUUCCGCAGCAUCGCCCAGGCCCCGACAAGUGACUCGGAACGACCGACUCGCGGAGACCGACGAUAGAACCCGGGGAGAUCGCACUCAGAGGCGCGAUGGUUGGGGAACUAGAUGAGUGAGAAGGCGGAGCGCCGGGAUACAGUCUGGAUGGGGUUAAAGCCCAUAGGUCGACGGCCACCUGCGCCAAACCGCCUUCUGUAUCAUUCCGACAUCGGCCCCAUCCGCGCACCUUUACUGGCUGAAACAGGGAAACGCGCGCCGCGGUCUUUCAAUGGCUACCGGGAUGUUGACGCGCGGUGACACCUCGUUUCUAUCGGCCGCUCUAUUCUAUGCUUCGCUUGUCGCCGGUCUGUCAGUCGAGGCCGUGUCUUGGACACUCAAUUGUGGAUUUCGAGCAUCGCAGAUACGCUGAGCCGCCCAAGCGAUGGGCUGCUCCGGUGUCCCCACCGACUGGAUUAGUACGGCCGGCUCCUCAAUGUAUCCUGUUCGGGAACGCAAGUCCUGCGCAUAUCUAUGCACCGACGAUAACGACAGCCGACAAUCUGCCCUCGGUCCUUGUCUACUUCCCUGGCGGUGGUUUCGAGAACAGGAGCAUGCACGACUAUCCACCCAAUGACACCUGGCAGUCGCGGAGUCGCUCUUUACCGAGCUGGCUCGGAAAGCGACUGCUUACGCUCCGUCUCCGCAGACACCAUAGCUGCCGCAGGCUAGAAGGCCCUGGCCGCACACUGGUCCACGCUCUCCCCCAUUUGCACUGUGCGCGUCAACACCAGCGCAAUCGACUUCCAGCUCGUCAAGGACUCUCAGACGCUCCACUCGUCACACCCGCCUCAUCGAGCUUCAAUUUCGUGCCGACUGGUCAGAUGACGCCGCGAGGGAGCAACUCCCAGUAUCAUCUCGGUCAGUCUGCAGUUGUUUCAGGCUCGACCCUUGCUGCGGCAAAUCUGGGGUCGACUCUGGCUUCUGAAUCUCUGCUCAACGUCGCGCGGCGCUGGGCUUCGGACAGCAACGGCAUCGAACUACUGUUUGACGUGCGCAACUCGCAAACGGUCGCGGUCGAGAUAGAGGCGUUGGGAGCUCCCCUCGAGUUCAACGACAUCUUCACUGGUCGGACUGCAGCGCAGAAGAACAAGCUGUGCAGUCUGUUCGAUCCCUAUAUCGGUCGAGACACCGGAUACGUGCAAGUAGUCCCGCUCCUCGGGACCCUUCCGCCGCUUCUCGGCGUCCCUGCGGCAAGCAGCCCUCUCGAAGGUUGGCACUUCCUGCCCGAGGACGGCAGCAACCCACCGUACUAUCAGAGCCAGAAGUUUGAGGGAUUGUACGAGUGGCAGUUGCACAUGCUGCCAACGCACAGGACGACCAGUAGACGUACGGGCUCAUCGAUGAACCGGCACCCGACGAGUUCAUACACGAGUUCGAACGCCGUGAUCAAGGUGAACGUGUCGGCGAACAUCCAGAUCAGCAGCUGCGCGAGGCCGCCGAGCAGGAACGUUGUGCAGAACAUGUUCAGCGUCCCGAAGCUGUCGGCUAGACAGCCGGCCAUGAUCUGCAGUGCGUCCAAGUCGGCCCGAGAGGGCGCACCCCGGUUCCGCCCUGCGAAACACCCCCUGGCCCCCCCGAACGUGACAAACACGCUCUCUGUCGAGGCACGUGCGCACCGCGGCCGCUUCGUGCGGCACAUCCUCUCUGACGCGGACUCCGAAUGCGAUCUGGGGCCGAGCACCGACGCUGCGACAAAGGAGGAAUGGGCUGUGGUGCUGGAACACGUGUUGGAAUCACUUGGGAAGGCAGUCGACCGGGGAGGCUGGCUGACGCGUGUGCGGCUCAAGCGGCUGCGGAGGAAGGGCGUGGGACUAUCUGAUGGGGAGCACCGCGAGCCACCCCGACCUGUGCGCUCAAACACGAUGUCAAGCAUCGGCAGUGUCAUGACGCAGACUCAGACUCUCUUCAACCCUUUGUCUGGGUCGCUGGGCAGCCUCUUGUCGGACUUGGGUGCGAGUGUGGUGUUCCCCGUCGACACCACCGAUCAGUCGUUGCACCAGAUCCGAGAUCUGGCUAAUGCGCACGCACUCUUCCGACCUCAUGCCGUCGUCGCACCCGAUGCAUCUCCUGUUGUGGGUGGCACCCCUGGGCAGUGUGACGUUGCGCUUCCUGGCGAGGACAGCGGUUUCGAGCUCAUCCCUGCGAAUGUCGCAUGCGUCUCCACUGAUGCUGUGCUCACUAUCUCUGGCGAAGCUGCCGAUGGUGUCGAUGAUGGGGCGUCGGGAAUUCUGUAUGGGCUGACGGAAUGGGACUCAAGCCACCCCGGACUUCAACUUGAGACUCGUCGGUGGGACUUUCGCGUUCAAAGGGGUCGUCUCUCCAAAACAAUACUACGCGCUGUGCAAGACUCUCAGGUUGUCGAUAUACCUGCACCUUUUGCUCUUGCUCGAGCAGCAACUCCUGUGCGAUUUCAGAGUGAAGAUCAGCUUCCCAAUCUCAAGGCCAGCAAUGUCGCCCUUGACCAUACCUGAGGAAGAGGCACUUGUGAUUCUCAAACUCCCCGUGCGUUAUCGGCAAAGCAGCGGCAUUCUAUUCGCCAUACUGUCGUUGAUCUUUGGAAGCCCUCACCAACCCUACGCCCAGAGUCUUUCGGCUGCUCCUCCACCGACAGAGCAACGAGGCGGUCGCCUGCAAUACUUUUCGAUCAUCGGCGAUCCCCGACCAGCCUUCCUGCGUUAGGCUUAGGCCUCAAUCAUGUCGCGACUGACGGACGCCGCGCCGUACCUCUCCUCCUCUGCCGGCUUGUGUAUUCCUCCGCCAGGCUUGAUAUCUGAGCUGGCCACGACGGAACGGGAGUCUCCGGGUCAGCGACUACGGGGGGACGCGAAGGCUGGCCUAGGCAGAAUCCUUGGCUGGGAUCCCCGCGCGAAGUACCGCGAGGCGCGGCCGAAGGCGCUGUGCGGCGCGCGAGGCUUCGUGAGCAUGCAGGAGCUGAGUUUGCUUGUGCUGCGGUGUGCGCCCAGCGAAGAGGAGCAGGAUGAGAAUGGAUUCGGCAUGUGCGGCCGCCCGCGCUGGGAGACGUAUCGCUACUACGCGUCGGAUUCGGAUCAGGGCUUGGGCCAGUUUCUCGUGUCGCUAGUUGCGGAAGCUGCAGAGCCGUGUGCCCGGCUGAGGUGUCCGUGGAUGCAAGGCAAUCAUCUGAAACGCAUGGUGCGUGGGGGAAUUCGUCCGAACGUCAGGGUCGACGAGGAACAUACCGCAGACGACCAUGGUGACGACGAGGGCAUCGAUAUGUGGCGCGGUUGCUCUGUUUGUGGCAAAUGCUUGGCCAAGAACGACGGGGCUUACCUAGUGGUAUUGGCCCCGAAAUAAAUGAUCUCAUUGCAAUCGGGGAUCCCAAGCUCAAUUCUCAACCAAAUUUCUUGAAACCUGGCUUGUAUGAAAGCCCUAGAGGCCCUUCAUCCAUUUUUCACUUGGAUCCCAGGGUUGGGGGGCGGGGGCUGCGUAGCAGCCCCCAACAAUCAGAUCACUUUUUUUGCAUCAUCUCAUCAGGCCGUUUUUGAUGGACUGGGGAUCCCAAAGCCUACUUACACAACAUCUUCAUUUUUUUUUGCUGGGACUAGGCACAUUGUAUCCAAGGUCUUGAAUCCCAAGUUUUGUAUUUUUAGAGCUAGGGGUUGGUGUGGAAGGG